GUCUUUUGCGUCAUAUAAUACAGGUCAACAAGGCCCCAAAGGAAACAGGGGGCCAGACGGAUUGCAGGGACAGUCUGGUCAAGGAGGGCCAAAAGGAGACCCAGGUCAGCAGGGGCCAAAGGGCAUGAGGGGAGACUCUGGGUUACAAGGUGAUAUCGGACCUCCAGGAUUGAAGGGGGCAAAGGGUCAGACAGGUCAACCCGGGGAUAAGGGUCAAAGAGGGAUUCAAGGCAAUAGUGGACACGCCGGAAGUGUAGGUGUAUCCGGGGCGAAGGGAACACAUGGUGAUCGUGGUGAAACAGGAACCAUGGGAGAAAAAGGACGGGCUGGAGUUACGGGCCCUGCUGGUGACAAGGGAGCGCCAGGAGUACAAGGUUCCGCCGGAACUGACUCGAGGAUGCUGUCGGACGGAUGUGCCUGUAUACCUCAAACCCCACCAACUGUCAUCCCGAGGUACAGGAAGCGGUUCACCAUUACAUGAUGUCGAUGCCAGUUUUGAAUAUUAAAACAGAAAACAAUGAAUUUGUUACACUUUGUUCAACUUAUCUACUGUGUAUUUGUUCCAUAAUUACUGUUAUAAUAUGACUGGUGCUAAUUCCUAGCCCUGAUUGGAGGAGCGACGCCAUGUGACGAGUGUGUAAAUAUGUUA